AUGGCUGAAGGAGCAGGCUUCCGUGUUCAAGCUUUCGACAAGAGCUACGGGGACAAGCGUGCUUCAAGAAAGGGUAAAAGAUCUUGCAUGGACCUGAACUCCAAUGCGGGGAUGGUGAUCGCCAUAUCCCUGGUUUUGCGAUCGAAGCUGGACCAGCUCGUGGCGGCCUUUGGCGUUGUUUGUUCGAGCUUUGUCCCGAUCAAUCGUGGGACUUCCAAGCGUUCCUUCUUGUGCCCUCACGGUGAUGAAUCUGUGGUUGGUGUUCGCCGGGGAAACAAGCUCAUGGCAAGGAGUACAAUCCUCAUGUACUUGGUCAUCGCAGCUGGUGGCCACUAUGUUCUGGAGAACCCCCAGGGUUCCCUGAUAGCCUUGCAUAACCGCUAUGUUCAAUUCCUACGUACACUGCUGGCCUGUGGUGUCACUACCUACAAAGUAUCCAUGUGGAUGAGAAAGUUUCAGUCCUUCACCUGGAAGCGAACGUGGCUGUGGUCAAGCUCUGAUCUCAUCUACCGACUUGAUCUGGGGCCUCUGACUGAGGAGGAGAAAGCGAACAGUGUAAAGACGGUAACGAGGACUACUCAGAACGGCAAGGAAUGUUGGACGGCGAACGACAAGUUAAAGCCAACGCAGCUCCUUCGCUAA